CUUUGUGUUUGCUUUACCCGCGCUCUAUGUCUUUCGCGUUUUCCUGUUUUCAUGAGUGCUUUCCGAUACUUUUCUGUCGUUGAUGCGGAACAUGUAAUUUUUGCAUAAUAUGACCAUACGAAAUUUAGUGGACAUUCGUGAUAUGUCAACUUUUCACGCUACUUUCAGGCUGUGUAAUGCAGAAAUGCAUACCACCAUGUACAGAAAAUUCCAAGCGCCGUCACCUUUUUGAGUUUGUCAGCGGAUUUUUGAUGAUGUAUCUUGUUUAUGGACCGUAAUUUCCUUCGAAUAAUUUAAUCUUUUUAGCCUAGUUGUUCAUAUGCUUGCUCAAGCCAUACCGGCAUACUUGAUGAUGGUUUUUCUUCCAUCAUCUGUUGCUCAGUAUGGCAUUUUAGUUUUCUCAAUGGCAUAUUUAUCUUCAGUACAUAUUCACAGGUGCAUGUAUAACCCUCGACUUGAUAUCUCUGCGGCUCUGAUGGUGCAAACUCAAAAGCUGUCUUCUUUGGCUUUUAACAUCAAUGAUGGAGUAAAGUUGUCAAAGAAAGGAGUAGCUGACCAAGAAUACCACAAGCUUCAUGCCGUUGAACGUCGACCUCGUCUUCUCCAGUUGGGUGGAUAUUUAUUCUCAUUUCAUAAUGUAAUGAUUGGCCCCUUCAGUUUUUUUGCUGAUUAUAUGAGAUUUAUUCAGGGUCAAGAAUCAGAUCAGCUCCUCGAUGAAACUGAUAAAAAGCGAUUCGUAAGUUCUACAAAGCGUAGUCGCCUUUUCAUUUAUGUUCAUUUAGUUUAGUAAUUGGAAAUUUAAUUAGCCGAAAUCGAUAUCCACUUUUUAAGUCUUUUAAAAUUUGAUACUCGUCGUAACAGUAUGUUUUCAGCGCUUACAGUAAAGGUAAUCACUAUACAUGUGGGUAAUUAGUUGUCAGUUAGUCAGUCAAAUGAAAUAUAUUCUCCACUAACCGUUAGUUACUAUGUAAUUUCUCUAUGCCUUUUAGUCACAUAAUAAUCCAUAGAAGAAUCAAUAUUAAGCAUUGCUGUUAGAGAAUAGAUUUUUAUACUACUGUCAAUAAUCAAAAGUUUCGGACGUAAAUAUUGAUAUCCCCGGAGUAAUUAGUUUACAGUUUUAAGAAAUAGCAGUUGUAUGAACUCGAGUUCUGUCAAGGUCGUAAGUAGGAUGGUUCUUCAAUGAUCUGCAAGGAAAAUGAGAGUAAGUAGUAGAGGCCGUGUCCACCUGGGAGCGUGUUUGCAGUACCUAAGGGAUGGCUACUUGAGGUCAUUGGUCCACGACGUUUUGUAAGUGGUUUCUGAUAUACCAGAUUCCGAAAAACCCCGAAAAGACUCGUAUUUUCCAAACUGGAAAUCCUGUGGAGAAAAGCAGUGUGUUGUUUUUAGUAUCAAUGCUUUACGUUUCCUCUCUUUUAAAUUUUAGGAAGGUGACAUUGACAGAAUUCUCAGUUAUUCUUGGGGAACAUCUCACUACUUUCAUUCCGCAGUUGUAAUGGUAGUAUACUGUUGCACUCGUUCCUCAAAGUAGCUGCUUGCUAUCCAAUUAAUUUGCUCGGGAUAGUGAUAUUUGAGAAAAUAAACAGAUUUUAUUGUUUAGUUUGUUCGAGGUCCAUGAGAUCGAACCAUAGGACAAGUGAGCAGUGGUAUUGAUAUAAUCCGAGUACUGGUUAGCUCUCUGAGGCUAUCUAGUACCAAUGACCUGCGGCUAACUAAUGGUACGAUAAAUGUGAGAUAAGAGCUAAGAGUAACACUAGAUGACUUAUUGAUCCAGAAUACAGUUUCCAACACUCCGAUGGCCUGAAUAGAAUACAAUUCGGGAAGUAAAUGGCUUCUAAUUGUGCAGUUCAAAUUUAUGAAUCACUCACACCUAUAUAGAACUAAAUCCCGAGCACAUAUCAACUAAAUCAAGAAACUGAAAUAUUUUCACGAAUGUCCCCUAAAUGGAAGAGAAUUAAGUGAUAAGUCCGUGAUAAAUUAACAGUAACUUCCAGUAUGUAUGACACGCAAUUAUAGUUUGCGUGUCAAACAAAAGUUUGCAAGUACGGGAAUACAAAAAUAUAAGUUUAAGUAUUUAAUAAUCAUCAGAAAAAUUAUAAACCAUAACUUCAUAUAGGGUCGUUUAAAAGGUUCAAUUUUGCCUAAUAUUUAUGCUAACGUAGCAGGCGGUCAAAUAUCAACGGAUUAGCGUUCCAAUCAAUUUAGAUCGAUUGGAUUAUGUCAACAGUCAUUGCUGACCACCUCAAGGUAGCAACUUUGGUUUGAAGUUUGUCGUGUAUAUCACUAAUUGAUUAUUCCUACAAUCAGUCAUUUCAGUAAGCUAUAACAUAGAAAUAAAAAGUAAAAUGUGUUCAAAUGUUUAUACAGUACAUUUAAUGUUUACUAUUGAAAUGAUAAAUAUCAUUAAACAAGUUAACAGACAUAAAGUAUGAUCAUGUGUGCAGUUACUAGUCUUCUAUCGUAUUUAAGUCAUGUAUAAUCCGUAAAAUAUUUAAUGUGUUGCCUAGAGAUUCUCGAAUUCUGUUUCUGCAAGAUUUUUAGGGUUGAACUUGCUGACUAUUAGUGUCCUAACGUUUUGUUGUGCUAUUUUAUUUGUAACACCUAAUAUAUAUUUCUAAAUUUAGGAGGAUAACAAGGAGGCGAUACGUUCCGCUAAAGUAAGUAUGCGCAAAAUGUUCCAGCUAUUACUGUUUCAUUGUAACUAAGUUAUCAUGAGAAAAGUAUGUAGUACGGCACUGCUAUUAAUAGUAAACUUGAUUGUGAACAUUUGUCCACUUUACAUACAGUUUUAUUUGUUUCAACAUAUCUACCGUAUAAUAGAUAAAGUUAUGAAAAAAUUAAGGCAACCCAUUGUAUCACUAAAUAAAAAUAGCAAGAAUUCAGUAAAGAGAAUUAUCUUCUAGACGAAAUCGUUUACUCAAACUGUACAUUUGUGUCUAUAGUUGUUUGCCAAAUAUGUGUCUUUAGGAAGAUAAAAAGAGAUUACAUCAGAAAGCAAUGUGAAAAUAAUUUACUGGCUCGAAUUAUAAAAGAUAGUUGUCCACUUGACAUGUAUGACGAAAAAUGAAAAACUCUGUCAUAAUAACAAUUGGAUGAUAAUCAUAAGAAAGUAUUAGAGGAUAGUAAUAAACGAUUGCGGUUUAUGAAUUGUACAAAAUAGAAAUCAAAACAUAAACAAGACUAAAGCACACUGGAAAAUGACAUUAAUGCCAUGGAAGUAUAAAUGUUUGAAAAUGUUACUUUUAAAUAGAGUUCAAGCAUCAGUUGGUGAAUUGCCAGUGCCUCAGCAGUACGUAAGUUCUUAAUCCGACCUCCCUUUGAUCUUAUUCUUUCCAUUAUGUAGAUUAUUUUGAAGGAAGAUUUGUUUGGGGCAACGUAGCCAAAGUUGAUGAGGUGCUCCUGUAUUAAACUAUUCAGUGUUUUAAAUUCCCCUCCUAAAAGUCAUACCGAGUAAUACCCUGCAAUGUGUUUAUAAAGGGUCUGUUUUGUGCAGCCUAUCUGACCUGCUCCGCAAGAACAAGUAAGCUUCUAGAUGCACAUCGUUGUGACCCUAAACGAAAGUGUACUCUUGAUACAUCCAUGAAUGGUGGCCCGAGUUAUAAAGACAAUACGAAGCUCAGCUGAGUAUAAAGUCUUCCUCAAGGAUUUUAAAAUUUAUUUUCUAUUGAACUGCCGUUGAUCUUUCAAUUUGUAGUUUUAGUGUUAAGUUCCUGUCAAUAAAUCUAUCUGAUUGACCACUUCUGAUAAGUAUUCGUCGAAACUGAAGCAGUUCGUCUAUUGUUUAAAAUUUUCUCUACGCUCUCGUUAUUUUUACUUAAUAAUUUUAGCAUGAAGUAAAUAACAGUAGUCGAUUCGUUCUAUAUGUCUCUAAACUCAUUAAAUCGAUUUAUUGUACUAACUAUUCGUCUCCUUUCUUAUCAAACAUUUCAUGUCGAUAGAAUUCAAUUAUUGUUACGUACUAAACAAUACAUGAUAUUGGUUACUACUAAGUAGAUAAUUAAUCACUUUACACAUGCCAACUCUAUAUAUGGUUAGUUUUACAGUCCGAUUAUUUUAGUGAUUACAUCUUCUAAUGUGACUCAUUGAUGUAAGAUUGAGUCUCAUGAAAAAUAUUAGUUCCUUCAAGACUGCUGAUACAACUUGCUCAUAAGUGCCGAAUAAACAGAAAUUUAUAUCCAGAGCUUCUUACAGAUUGUUCCCAGCCACUUGGGAUUAAGAAAGAAUAAUCGUACAGAAGAAUCAAUGAAUUAAUGGCAAUACAUAAAUAAGUAAACUCACAAACUUCGAUCUCCGCAUAUAUUAACUAGUGCAAUUCAUUCGCCAAAUAUAAGUAUGUAUACUCGGCUUUGAGUCGCACUUCUGUGAAAGCUAAUGAUACUACUACUCAGUUUUCUAAACCAAAGUAGUUUGUACACGGUUCAGAUACCCUCUUUAUUGAUUGAAAUUAAAGUAGACUAACCAUUGAUCCAUCACAUACAACAAACAUUCUAAAGAACAUAAUAAAAAUUACAUUUUCCAUAAUAAUGGUAUCUAACUUGACAAUAUACAGCGCACAUCGAUUUCCAGACUUUCCAAAGACAAUCAAAUCUAUCUGUUGUACAGUGCGUCAGUGUGCAAAGGUUCAUAAGUAUAUGUUCGAGGACAGUGACGAUAAUCCAGUUAGUGUCAUCUUGAAAUACUUGCUUCGGUGGCUUUGAAAUAUCUUACGGAUUUCUUUCCAACAACCCACUAUGUAUAGUAUGUUAUUUAUAAGUGAAGUUCGGGUUUAUUGAGCAGUGUUGCAUUCUGUACUACUCUGUGGCUGUAAAAUUAGAAGACGUGUAAGUUGGAGGCUUUUGAUCAUAUUUAUCUUCAAUGCAUUACUCAUAUAUCGCUUAAGCAACAUUGAGGUUGAGCACAGGGUACUAGACGAAGGUGGGUAGUCGGUUGGUGAGAUUGAAAGUUUUCAUGAUUUGCGGUGCACUCAAGACAUGUCACGUAUACCUAACCACUGAUUACCUGGUGCAAUUUUGGUUUAAGAGUUUGAAGAGGGGUAGGCAGUCCGAACCACGACAUGAAACCAACCCAUAAAGUCACCGGCGGUUGGACAAAGCCAGUGGUUGGGAACUUUGAAUGAAAUAGCAAAAUAUAUUCUUCUUCUCAAUCAUGAAUUUCAGUAUCCCUUCAUACUUACAUUUCCACUUUCUUUCCAAACCAUAUUACCAAUGUUUAGUUUUUCAUCCUAUCAUCACCACUACAUUAUUUCGACCUCUGCCACUGAUCUUUCUAUUUUCAACUCGUCUUGACAAUGUGAUAUGGCAACAUGGGCCAACGGACAUUUGUGACAGACUCUACAUUGAUAAUGACUGAGUGGCUAGUGUUAGUUGUUAUGAUAGCUCUUGUCCUAAAAAGUCAUAUAAGACCGUGGUCUGGGUAAUAAAUAACUGUAUGAUGCGAUUUAUUUAAUGUCCAAUAUAUGAAAAUUUACAUUCUCUUUUUCUAAUUAAGAAAAUUACUUUUCCUUUCGUUCCUAUUUUUCUCUAGGCAGAGAAAUGGAAACAGAUGAAACUUCUACUACUUCAUACUAUAUUAGUCUUAUGGUCCUUUCAUAGUUUUAAACCCGAGGAAUUUCUGUCUGAAAGUUUUGCAAAAAAGAAUUACUUUCAAAAAUUUAUCUACCUGUCAAUCGCGUGUUUUGGUUUUCGUCAAAAGUUCUAUUUUGCUUGGACUCUUAGUUGUCUAUCAAAUUUAGUCGCAGGUUUUGGAUUUUCUGGAUUUAAUAGUGAAGGCGAACCGGAAUAUCGUCUGGCUACUAAUAUUUACUUUUUGCCUAUUGAGCUUGGUACAAGUACAAAAACAAUCAUAGAUUCUUGGAAUACAGCAACAACACGUUGGUUACGUGAAUGUAUAUAUGAUCGUGUACCAAAACGUUAUGCUGUUUGGGCAGUUUUCGUUGCAUCAGCCAUGUGGCAUGGUUUCUAUCCAGGUUAUUAUCUAGUUUUUGUAUCUGCAGCUCUAAUCACAGUGACAGGAAGAGUUUGUCGAAAACAUCUCCGGCCGUAUUUUUUUCGUUCAUCUGGAUUACAUUGUUUCUAUAAUGUACUAACUAAUUUAGGCGCUAUGUUAUGCUUAAAUUAUUUGGGUGUACCGUUUCUUCUAUUGACUACUGAUAAAGUUUUGCAUUUUUGGAGACAAAUGCACUUUAUUGGACAUAUUGGACCAUUGGCUUUAAUUAUUGGCGUUCCUUUAUUAUGUGGUAAACCAGGAGAAAUAUAAGAAUAUAAACUAAUGAUAAGAUGAUAUGGAUUUUAAAAAAGAAUUUUAAAUAAAUAUUCUUCAUAUAUUCACAAAUGUACUUGGUAAUAAUAGAGGAAAAGUAAGGAUGAGCCGAUGAUAUCGGCUGAUGAAUCAUAUUUUCUUUUCUUUUUUUUUCAAUGUUAUUACUAUUCCGUGUUUAUGAAGAACAAAUACAGGUUAUUUGUUUGUCUAUUAUAUUUGUAUUUUUACUUAAAGUAAUUCCGUUUAAGUCUCAACAUAUACGUUACUUUAUUGUUAAUGAUAAUAAUAAUAAUACGAUUUUCCGUACUAUUUAUUAUUAUUAAUAACAAACAGAAUAAGACCCUUCAUGCAUAUGAACACACACAUACAUGUGCGUUUUGUCAGCCAAUAUUCUUCAUAUCAUACUACAUUUACUCUAUUCUCAUUAGUAUUAAUAAUGGCGUCAUUUUAUUAUCCCCAGCUUUUUACAACUGACCUCAAAAGUAUGUUUUCUUGUUUGGUUUUAUUUUUUUGUUCUUCAUUAUUCAUUGUCCACAAUGUAUGUUUAUUAUUUUGUUACUACUUAUAUCUGUUUAAGUUGUAAAAGAGCGUAUAUAUAUAUAUAUAUAUAUAUAUAUAUAUAUAUAUAUAUAUAUAUAUAUAUAUAUAUGUGUUUAUGUAUAAAUUUAUCUCCUGAUAUUCAUGUACUAUUUUGUUACUUUUUUUGUGUGUUAGUGGUUAACACAUUACAAUUUGUUGUUUACAAAACUGGCAUAUGAUAAGAUAAUAAAAUAAGACGCAGUCUA